AUGAAAAUUAUAAACGAAAAGUAUUGGAUCCCAGGAAAGGGGAGAGAACUAGCAAUAAAAUAUGAACCAAUGAUUUUAGCAAUAUCUUUUUUAUAUAUUCCAAUAAUUCUUAUUUUUCAAGAAAUAAUGAAAAAAAGAAAAGAAAUCGAAGCAAAAUAUAUAAAAAUUUUAUGGAAUUUAAGUCUAUCGUUCUUUUCAUUUUUAGGAGUUUUAUUUAUUAUAUUAUAUGAUAAAAAUGUUUUAAAAUAUUUAAUUUUAGAAGAAAAAGAAUAUAGUGCUAUAACCAGAGCAGUAAUAUGCAUAUUUACAUUAACAAAAGUAAUUGAAUAUGGAGAUACAUUAUUUUUAAUUUUAAAAAAAAAAAAAUUAACUUUUUUGCAUAGUUAUCAUCAUUUAACUGUUGUAAUAUAUUGUUUAUACUCUCAAAAAGAGUUAGUAUCACAUGCACAUUAUUUUGUAUUUUUAAAUUUAAUAGUACAUAGUAUUAUGUAUUGUUAUUUUGGUUGUAUAUAUAUUAUACCAAAAAUAGUAUAUAGAUUUCGUAAACUUAUAACAUGCUUACAAAUAUUUCAAAUGUUUAUAGGAAUAUUUAUAUCAUAUUAUGCUAUAAAAAAUGUAGACAAUAAUGUUUAUAUAAAUAAUGCAAUUGCAAGCUUUACUUUAUAUUUAACAUAUGCAUUUUUAUUUUUAAAUUUUUAUUUUAAUAAUUAUUAUAGAAAUAUAAAAGGAGAUGUUGCAACAUAUAUGAUAACCAUACAUGUACUAGGAUUUAUAGGAUUUAUAAUGUUGUGUAAAAGUAAAGACAUUUUAAAAUUAUUUGUUGAAGUAUUAGUGGGAUCUAUAUUUACAUUAUCUUUACUAAAAUUUUCAUUUUAUUUUAAUGAAAAUUAUUAUUAUUCUUUUAAAAAUAAAAUCCCAGAAACUAAUUUUAAUGAGCAAAUGCAUAUGUUUAAAAAAUAUAAAAAUAUGUAUUAUUCAAAUAUGGCUUUAUUAAAAAAAAUAAUUAUUAAUAUGAUAAAAACAUUUUUGUUAUGUUUUAACGGAUUUGCAACAUAUGCCCAUGACAAUAUUUUUAUUUUUGUAAAUUUUUAUUCAAAAAAAAUUAAAGAAAUUCAAAAUGAAGGAAUAAUUUUAGAAAAACAAGAAACAGAAAAUUAUCAAAUUAUUGCCACUAAAAAUCAAAAGGAGAAAAAUUAUUUUUCAGACAAUAUACAAAAAUCUAACAAAAUUAAAGAUGAAAAUAUAGAGAAAAAAAAUAUAAAAUCUUUAAAAAAUUCUUUAAAUUUUCAAAAUUGUUAUAAUUUAAUAAAAUAUAUAUAUAAUGCAUCUAUUAUAUCCUAUAUAAUAUCAAAACCACCUAUAGAUAAUAUUUCGAGAAAAGAAUAUCAAAAAAAUGGAGAUAUAUCAGUACAACCCCAUGUAUAUCAAAAUUAUAAUUUGUUUUAUAUAAUUAAAAAAAUCAUAAAAUCUUAUUUGUUAUAUCUUAUUUGUUUAAUCAUUCCAAUAUAUUAUGGACUUAAAGUUUAUAAUGAUGCAAUAUUAGGAUUAUGCGUUCAUGGGGCAUUUCGAUGGGUUAUUGAAAUAUAUUCUACCAAAAUAUUUAAAAAAUCAGAUAAAAAAAAGUUUUAUUAA